AUGUCGCCUAUCGAAAGACUACCGACUGAGAUCGUCCAGUACAUAGCCGAACUGUGUACCUGGGAUUCAGCGCCCCCCGAGCAUGGCUUCCCUUCCAAAAUCGACGCAAAGCGCUACCGUAACGAAAGGGGCUGGGAGCCUCGGUUGUACGUGAGAUACCAUGCCGCAUUUGCUCGGACUAGCCGCCAUUUCUAUCAAAUCUUGAACGAGAGACUCUACGCGCGAAGUUUAUUUCGCGACCCCAACUGUUGCUCUUGCCUCCGUUGGGCCGUCCUUCAUAACCGACUGGAGACGAUCAAACGAGCGGUCACAUACCGUGCAGACUUGAACUCAUACGGACUACCUUUAGAUAUCUUUCCCUCAAAGACCAGCUAUGAAGCCCCCUGGGACGAUGACAUGAUCUAUAGAGCCCCGAGCGAUCUCAUGAAGGUGAACGGUGUUCUAAUACCAUGUUCCAAGUACGAACUCGAAUGCUCGUGGGAUCCGCCCCUCUAUGACGCUGCUGCCGCCGGCUUCACAGAGAUUGUUGCCUUUCUCCUGGAAGCCGGGGUCGACGUUGAAGAAGAAAUACAACACCGGACGAGGUUUCCACUUGAACUAGCCAUACAACAGGGACACGAAAAGAUCGCCGAGAUGCUCGUUAGCCGCGGGGCCUACCGCUCCCGAAGGGAUUUAUCGGCACUUCCCUCUGCUUUUUCCAAGGAUUUUAAAGGCGUUUUCACAGCCCUUCUGCAGAGGAAAGAAAAUGACGGUGCGUCUUUAAACGGAAAACUCCUUUACGGAGCUUCGUCCGACAAUCUGGAGCUUGUCACGCAGUGUCUUGGAAAUUCGAAAGCGAACGUCAACGCCCAGGAUAUGAUGGGGAAUACUGCACUGCACCUAGCCAUCAAGUCCCCCAAUGGAGGAUUGGAGGUUGCCAAAUCUAUUCUACAACAGUCCGGGGUUGGAACUCUCUUUGAAAACAUCAAGGGGCAUGCACCCCGGCCCGCGAGGGUCGGAUGGACAUUGUCCGGCUUCUCGCUGAAAUGCCAGACUUUCACGUCAAUCACCGAGCAUCUUUUGGCGAAAAUGUCUUGCACAUUUGACUAUUUCCUGAAACAUCCUAAUUUAGAUGUUCCGGGACGCCAAGAUCUGCGCAAGCUAUUGGAAAUUGUUUCUCGCAUGUCGGACGAGGAUCUGGCAAAUGAUUUUGUGCAGCGCUUGGUUGAAUCGGGAGCUCAGCUAGAGCCAGGCCACUCUGCUGUCGUCAAUGCCAUUUACCAUGGAAACCUGUCGACCGCAUCGAAACUUCUUUCCCUAACUUCCCAAGAAUACUUUGACCGCAAGUAUGUUCGUGAGGCUCGGAGAAGAGGAACACCCGGCCCCCUUCACCAUGCUUUGAUGCUACAGGACCCUCGCGUGACGACCUUCGUCGAAAGAUUAAUAGCACGCGGCGUGGAUGUUCAAAUUGCCCCACGCGACGUAGAUGUUCGAAUUGCCUCAAGCUUCAGCCGCUUACCUCACCGAGCAAAGAUUUGUGAAGCCACGCCGAUAUUCUUUGCCGCUACUUUUGCCCAGAAUACAGGCUGCAUGAAGAUGCUUUUCGAAGCCGGUGCGGACGCAACUUCUGACGUACAGGUCGAAUAUCUAGGAGGACACCGCACUAUGUCGAUGCUGUCAGCGGUAUUCAGUUAUGUUUGGAGGGAGCGAAGGGGACUCGUGGAAGUUCCUAUUCAGUAUCCUGGACUGGAGGAGCCACCUAUUGUCGAAAGCAUGUCUGAGCUGGAAGAUCAAAUUUCAAUGCUGCUUCAGCAUGGUGCAACCUUGAACGAGGUUGGGCGUAGUCCGUCAGCUUUGAGACUUGCGUGCACCGACGCCUUGCAGACUUCUGACUUUAGUUUUCUCAAGUGGUUGACAGACAAUUCGACGACAAGGAACGUGAGUGUAGAACACAUGGACUCACUUCUCAAGCAUUAUCGCCUGGUCGAAGACGAACAGGAGCAAAGGGAACUACAUGAUCGCAUCGGAGAGUCCGACGACAUACACGACACCAUUGAAUUUCUCAAAAAGGUCGGGGAAAUACACAAGAUCCUUAAAGGGUUCAAGGAAAAGCUACUACGCGAAGGAAUUCAAAAUUAG